AGUACACGACAUAGGUGUCCUUAGAUACCGAAGAGAAGUAAUACAGAAGAGUGAUUGUAUUGGUGGUACAGGGGCGGCCUUAAUUUGCCUGUUUUCAUCGAGCGGUGGAAAGCGACGCCAUUUGCACCGUUCAGCAUGGAGGGCAAUCUGAGUGAAGAUAAAACCAAAAACACUAGAGUGUUUUUGGAAAACCUUCCAAAAGAUAUACGCAAAGACCAGGUGGAUAAGGCGUUUUCCCGAUAUGGCAAGAUUGCAAAGGUGUACCUUAUCUACGAUCCUCCGGGUUCAGGAUUUGUGGAAUAUUUUGAUGCCCGAGAUGCAGAAUAUGCAGCCAACCAGAUGGAUGGGGCUAACUUUAUGGGAUCUCAAGUGUCUGCCCGAGUGACGAAAGGAGGAAUUCCCCGUGGCCGAGGCCGUGGUCGUGGUCGGGCAUAUACCAGAGGUCGUGGGGCAGGGGGAUUUUAUUCAAGCAAUUACAGUAGCAGUCAAGGCUACUAUCCUAGGGGAGGUGGAAGUUAUAGGGGUGGAUUUUCUCGAGGGGGUUACAGGGGUUCUGACAGGGGUGGAUAUGGAGGUCGAGGUGGCUAUUCACGCGGAGGAGGAUACUCCAGAGGUGGAGGCGGCUUCUCCCGUGGAGGCAGCUAUUCCCGUGGAGGAGGCUAUUCCCGUGGUAGUGGCUACUCCAGAGGGUUUUCACGUGGAGGCUACAGCGGAGGCUCCAGCAACUACGACAACUACUCUUAUGACAAGUAUGAAAAGUCGUAUGACAAGCCAGCUGAGAACGGCUACUCUCGCUACCCCUCUGGUGACAAGUACAAGCCCCACUAUUCAGAUGACAAGUAUGACAAGUAUGUGAACUACAGCGGGUCUCGCAGGGAGGAGUACCAGCGCAGCCGUUCACCAGUCAGCCAUUCACCUGAUCGAUAUCGUUCUGCCUCUCCGGGCUACCAGCGCACCAGGUCUCGGUCGCCAAUUGGUGGUGGGUAUGGCAGCUCGUCUCGCUACUACUCUGCCUCCUCUCCCCCUCCCCCAUCCAGGGAGGUCCUCCGAACCUCACGUUCUCGUGAUUCACGCGACUAUAGCCCUGAGCGGCCCUUCUCACACAAGGAAUACUCCAGGUAGAAUGAUUUCAUCUUAUGGAGGACGUCGGAGCCCAGUCGAUGGCCACUACUAGAAAACAUAACAAGUGGGAUCACUUUCUUAGCUAAAUGAGGCUGAGAAAGAGAAGAGGACCUGAUUAACAUGCCAGAGAGAAUUUAAGUAAUAGGAAGCUGAAGGUUCAUCUUUGUUGUACAAGUUUUGGAAAAUAAUGUAGUGAGUAGUACAGUACAUGGAAAUGUAUGUUAACCAAGUCGGUUUUCAGUGAACUCAUACGUAUUGUUGGCUUUAUUUGAAAAUGUGGUAAUAAUGAAAAGUUUUACAGCCUCAUUGUAAAUUAUUGGAAAAUAUUUGAUAAGAUGAAAAUAUAAAAGAACUAAUGAGAAACAUAACCUGCUCCUGAACGCACAACCUUUAUACAUAAAAUUAUGAUAAGUCAUUAGGAACAUCUCUUAAGUGAAAGUGCAGACAAGCAAUGACUGCAAUGUUUCAAAAAUAGUUGAAAAUAUAGAGGCAGAACAAGGGUUUAUGUGUUUCAGGUGAUACAGGGUGGUUUUCAGGAAGAAAUUUGCUGUGGAACUUUUCUAGCCACAGGCUUGAACCAUUCUCUUGUAAACCUGUUCACACUGGAUAACUUAGUGUACAGUACAAGAUUUUGACAUGGAUGAAGAAGUUCUCUUCAGGGCUUGAGAAUGGUUUAUAUGCUUUUUAAUUAAAGGUGUUGAAGUAGAUUAACAAUGUGCAUUACACAUUAAGUUUAGAGGUUCAGAAAUCAUGCGUCCUAAUUUUAUCAGAAAAAAAAAAAGGUGUUACAUGUGCUUCAUAUAAUUUUUGCAUUGAAAAUACAUUAUCUGUAAAAUUAAUAAUAGCACGUCUGUGUACGUCUGAAAUUCGUAUCCUCACUACUUUUGGUCUUCGUCUGUAAGAAAAGUUUCUUUAUUCCAUGACCAAUGAUGGUAGAACCUUUAAGAGAAAUAAGUAGACUUACAUGCAGAAAAAUAGGUUAUCUUAAUUCAUACUGACAAUUGAUGGAACAAGUGAAGGAGAAUCUGAUAUAUAGAAAUAUUUGAAUGGAACAAUGUGGUAAUAUUCAAGGUGUGCAUAGCUGAAAAUAAAAGAUAGGACCACCUCUCAGCCAUUAUAUGUUCAGAGAAAAUCUUAAGUAUGUAGCAAAUAAUGGUGGUUCCGAAUUUCAUGGGAAUUGUGUUGAAAGAAUGGUACCAGCACUCAGGCUGAUUAUAAAAUGGAAAGAAUAACUUUUAACAAAGCUGCAAGUGGUAACAGCAUUAAACUGUGUUCACAUACUGGUUGGAAAGAAUUAUUUUUAAGUAUAUAUGUGUUGCAGUGUGUGUGCUCCAUUCAGGGGAUCAACGUAGCAAACAAAGCAGCAAUCAGGGUUCAACUUUAUAUUUCCACUUUCAAAUUGUAAACCUUUAAUAAACAGUUUAAAAGUCUUA